UCUCUCUCUCUCUCUCCCCUCUCUACCUCUCUCUUUCUAGCAAUCUAAGUGUGGUGAAGUCAUUUCCCCCUAACUGUUCUUUUCUAAGCCGGCACUCCUACAGAUAGGACAGCCUGUGGUUAAAGCUAGAGGGUAGAGCAGUGAGGCACACACCCAGAGCCACCGCUAGCCAGGCAGAGGAAACUCUUCUCUUCGCACUCAACUUCACACAAAGGCGCUGAAACCAUGGCUAACAAAGGUCCCGCUUACGGCCUGAGCAGGGAAGUGCAGAGCAAGAUCGACAAGAAGUACGACCCCGAUCUGGAGGAGAGGCUAGUGGAAUGGAUCGUGGCCCAGUGCGGCUCCGGAGUGGGACGGCCUGAGCCGGGGAAAACUGGCUUCCAGAACUGGCUGAAGGACGGCAUUAUCCUCAGCCAGCUGAUCAACAGCCUUUACGGGCCAAACAAACCCAUUAAGAAGAUCCAGAGCUCCAGCAUGGCCUUCAAGCAGAUGGAGCAGAUAUCACAGUUCUUGAAUGCAGCCGAGCGGUAUGGGGUCACCAAAACCGACAUGUUCCAGACCGUAGACCUCUGGGAGGGGAAGGACCUGGCUGGAGUGCAGAGGACUCUGAUGGCACUGGGAAGUCUUGCUGUCACCAAGAAUGAUGGAAACUACCAAGGUGACCCCAACUGGUUCCACAAGAAAGCCCAGGAGAACCGUCGGGAGUUCUCUGAUGACCAGCUGAAGGAAGGGCAGAGUGUCAUCGGUCUUCAAAUGGGGACCAACAAAGGGGCAUCCCAGGCAGGAAUGACGGGGUAUGGCCGACCCCGCCAGAUUAUAAACUAAUUAAAACCCCCUAACUAAACCCACCCCCUAUUCUUCCUAACCUUUUGACCCAGCCCCUCUCCUGCCCCUGGGCCAAUCACUGAAGCUGGGGCUAGCUCCAGAUGUUCCUAGUCUUAAUGACUUAGUUAAACAUUACUGAAGCCCAAACUGGACCCAUGCGGUGACCAUACAAAACCAAACAAACACACACACACACACACACUCACACAUACACAAACACUCACUUACAAGAAAAUGCACAUACAUGCAGACACACACACACAAAACAUCACCAAACUUGCACAUGCACUAUGUAAAAAUUUGAUGACGAAAGUCUGUAAAAGAGGAUACAUGCCUCAGGGCCAAACCGCAGACAUUUACAUUCCUCUGAUAGCUCUCUGUGUUUGCUGUUUAUUACAAUAAUUCCAAUUGGACAGGAAAGAGACAACCUGAGCUGCUGACAGGAAUAUGAAUUUGAAAUGUUUUUUUAAUGUUUUGGUUUUUUGUGUGUUUUCCAAAAUGUGUGAUAACUAUUGAACAUGUUUUGAAAUCUCUUUUUGUUUUAUAUCUUUUGACCAAAUCAACGCUAAAUAAAAAUGAAAAAAAAUCCAAUGCUGAUGUCAAUGACAGAGCAAGGACCUUGUAGAAGAUGAAUAGAAGACCACUUUAGAAGUAUUUUUUCAGCAACAACAUGACUGUGACAAUAUGAUAACAUUUAUACAACAUUAAAUGAUCAUUGUGUCAGUUAUAUUUGUUUGCUGGGUUCUCUCACUAAAUAGAAAAGUCCUGUAGUUUCAAUUUAGAAAAUGCUUGAAUCCUGAAAAGUGUCUUCGGUCCUUUCUUGCAAAACCCACUGACUUUGAACAUUCCAUUAAUUAACAAAUGACGUUGAAAUAAAGUUCAGUUUGAUCAAAAAAA